AUCAUGGGUGCCGAAUCAAUCGAAGCAAUGGUGGAGCACAGUAUGGCGAAUAGUCACAUUAUAUUCUGCUAUCGUGUACAGAUCGGGCUGCAACAGAGUGGGCAAUAUUCAAACGGGUGUGUUGAUCUGUUUACACGUAUCCCCCCAGUCCGUAGUCAGUGCCAGGUGGUCCGCGGAUUAAAGUCGGGGAUGGAUGGAGCUACAGUAGAAUUCUGGAAGAGGUUUACAUAUCAUAUAGAUAGAUCUGAUCGUAUAAGAACAAGUAUAUACAUCUAUUCCACAUCUGACAAAUCAAUGAGAAACCGUCCGAACAUGAUAACGCACAUUGAGCAAAUGUUGUAG